AUGUCAGAGGUUUUCUCCAUUCGGUCUGCGCCAAGGCCUUCACCUUUUGAUCUUGGCAUUGACUACAAAGCGGCCAUCGACUGGUUCAAGGUCUGGACAACGCUCACCAACAUAAAAGCCCAUAUCAAGGAUCUGUGUGCAAUGGAACAUAAACCGUACCUCGACAUGCUAUACGAAGCUCGGGUCUACCGAAUGUCUGAGCGGCCUGAACCCCUGCAGAAGCUUCUUGACGAUGACUACACCAUAAACAAGAUCCUUGCAAUGUUACAAGAAGCUGCAGACGAGACCAAAGAUGCAUCGGCGGACCAGAUGACCUCGAUGACUUGGCAAGCUCGAUACGUUCUCGCCAAGCUGCAAACAACGCGUAUGCGCUAUGACCCAGACGCGUGUAAUGCCGGACUCCCACUCUUAGCGGAUGUCGACUUCAACGGGCGCCUGGAUACUAUUUUGAACUGGAUGAAAGUCCAGCUUGUAAAGGUGCUAACGGAGCUCGAUACUCUGCUCCCAGGCAUGCGUUAUGAAGAGGUCUAUACCCUAGAAGGACCAGACCACGACAUCGCGACCGUCGGCACUCUUCUUCCUGACUCAAAGCUACAAGCCCGUCAGGCCGAAAUGCACCAAACCGACGUGCUUGCCGAGAACUGGGAGCGAGACCACCGCAUUCGAUGUGUCCUAUGCCUCGAGGCCUACACCACGUGCGACCCAGCGUUCCAGCUAACAUGCAACCACAUCGUCGGUCAGACAUGCAUGUCUGCAUGGCUCAACUCUACAAAUGGCCAGGCUACCUCGUGCCCUCACUGCAAGCAAGUCCUCUGUCCGCCGCGUACACGCACGAUGAUCUCCCCCACUGACGAGCAGAUCGCUCGUGCCAACACGCUUCGUAUACAUCGCGACAAGGUAGGCAAGAUUGCAGCAAUCGCGCUUCGAGUAGUGCUCAAGGCGUACGGGCUGGUACAGGCACAGAUGGUUGCGGAGCACGUUGUGAGUGUGAUUAACGCCGAACUCGUUUGCAACGGUGUGCAGUUUCGUCUGCUCAGCCAGUAUGUCGAAGACUUAGACAAGCUCGUUAUUGGCAUUCGACGGUGGUGA